AGUUAAUGCUAAUGCUUUGGCUGUGCUAAUUGGCUGGAAAGUGUUUUUGAUCUGUUAUAAAGAUAAACACUUAAUAAAAUAAACAGGAUCUACUCAAAGGCUGGAUCAUAAAUAGGCAAGGUGGUAGUAUCGUGCCCUGUCCCUUUGUUUAUCAAGGUUACUUGUCAUUUUUGUCCACAAGCAAUUGAUAAUGGAGAAAUCGAAUUUCACUCUUAGUGAAGAUAUCAAUGGCCCUCUACUAGCAGCUGCACUUGCAAUUCAAAUGAUAGGAGCAUUGGUUGCUAAUGGUAUUGUCCUCAUUGCUACUCUCUCUCAAUAUAAAUCCUUAAAGCUACCAUCUACAAUGUUCUUUACUUCACUCAUUAUCAUACACCUUCUAAUGGCUCUCCUUUUUAUUCCUUUUUACAUGAUUUCAGUAGCAGCUGGAGAAUGGAUCUUUGGUAGAACAGUUGAAGAGAAAGAAGGUACCUGUAAAUAUGUUGCUUACAUAUUCUGGUACAUCAUACUAGUCAUAUACAUGACAUUAGCUGCCAUAUCUGUUGAUCGCUGGUUGUUCAUAGUCAAGUCUCAACUCUACAAGCAAUUCAUGAAGCCCAAGGUAGCCCUGACUAUCAUUGUUAGUAUAUGGAUACUGGCUGCAUUAAUAAAUAGCACACCUUUCUACGGGUUGGGAGAGUUCAGAUAUUCAGCUUAUGGCUGCUGUGUGCCUGUAUGGGAGGGACAAUUUGGCUACCUCUUAUUCAUUGCUUCGUUUAACUUUAUCGUGUUAUGCGUCAUAAUUGCAACGUCAGUUUGGACUUUUAUUUUCACACGCAAGUUUAUCCAGGAGCAAGCUGCUCUAGCAGAUAGUUGCGUCUAUGUAUCAAGGAACAGGAGACUAAUUGGAAUAUUUGGGGCAAUGCUUUCAGGAUAUGCCGUUUGCUUCGCUCCUGGUUUUAUUGUUGCUGUCCUUAGCCAAAUCUUUGAUCUGGAACUCUCAGCAUAUGCAACAGUUUUGUCACUGUUCAUUAAUGUUAUUAUAAUCAAUCCUAUGAUUCAGUCAUAUUUCAGGCCUGAGAUUAAGAAAGUACUGACUGCUUUCUACGCCAAAUGCAAGAGAUUCUGUAUUCGAUCCAGUGUCCAUAAUAACACUGAAGCUGGGAAGUCAUUCACAGUUACAAGUUACAAGUGAAAUCUUCUUAUAUUAUCUGUUUACCGAUAUUUUUUGUUCAUGACUGCUGUGUGCCUGUAUGGGCCUGUCUGUUUAUUUAUAAAAAUCUAAAAAAACAUAUUGUCACUACAAUACCAAUAAUUGUUGUUAUGUCUGGUCACAAAUUGGCCACACUUCUAAAUAUUAACAGUCCUUAUAGGAGUAAUUGUAUCAACGAGAGAAUUAUAUUUACAAACUUUAUAAUAAAAUUUGAUUUAGAGCCUUUUUUAAUAUCAGAUCUCAAGUACAAGAUAUUUACCAUGAAGAAAAGUAUAAGUGCAGAAUGUAAUGCUUCCAAUUUGGGUCAAAGAUUUGACUUAGAAAAAGUAACACUCAAAGCAGGAAGGAAACAGAUUAUGUGUCCAACAAAAUAUCCCAACCAAUCUUCUUUUUUUGGAUACGUAGAUG